AUGCCAUGCGGACUCUUCACAUUCCUUGCUGGAUACAUUCCCAACUUCUCUGAGAAGGCAGCACCACUGCGGGAACUACUCAAGAAAGAGAUUCCGUUCCUCUGCGACGUUGACCACGAACAUGCCUUCAGCAUACUCAAAGAUGCUAUCACGAAGCAAGCGCGUCUCCAGUACUACGAUCCACAGAAGGACACAACCCUGGAAGUAGAUGCAUCCAUGAAAGGAGUAGGGGCAUGCCUACUACAGGGCGGCAAGCCGGUAGCGUUUGCAUCGAAAAGCCUUUCCCCAGCCGAGUCUAACUAUUCAAACAUUGAAAGAGAGAUGCUAGCGCUCGUAUUCGGUAUCAAUCGCUUCCACACAUACCUUUUUGGAAAGGAGUUUGUCGUGGAAACUGACCACAAACCUCUUGAAAUGAUUUGGAAGAAGCCACUCAAGAGUGCACCGCCUCGCCUUCAGAGGUUACUCAUCAAGAUCCAAGGAUAUAAGUGUGACAUCAGGUACAAACCUGGAAAGCACAUGGUGCUAUCUGACACACUGAGCAGGAUGCCAAAUCCUGCCGACAGCCAGGACAUUUCCAUAGAUGUCGCGGUAGAUUCCAUCGGCACAGAGAUUAAAGGCUCACUAGACAUUGAUCUCAUGUUCUUUGGCCAUAGCAAGAGAGAGGAACUUCAGAAGGAAACUUCUGCUGACCCCGUCCUACGUGCCCUAUGGCAACAGGUGACAAAUGGUUGGCCAGAAUCCAUCAAGGAGGUGCCCACGGCAUUGCGCACAUUUUGGACAUUCAGAGACGAGCUUGGCGUCUCACAUGGAGUUCUCUUUAAAGGGAAGCAGGUUGUAAUUCCCCCAACACUACAAAAAGACAUCCUAGGACAGCUCCACAUAGGACACAUGGGCAUUGAGCGAACGCGCAGACUAGCCCGUGAAACAGUUUUCUGGCCAGGAAUUAACAAUGAUAUCGAGCAUAUCACAAAGGACUGCCCUGGGUGCCAACAACUGCAAACAAUACAGCAAAAGAAGCCUCUCCAACCACAUGAUGUUGCAACAGCUCCCUGGACCAAGCUGGGAACAGACCUGUUCACCUUGAACAGACAGGACUAUCUCCUCAUCACAGACUACCAUUCAAAGUACCCAGUACUUUACAAACUGAAAGACACUUCAAGUGCAGCAGUAGCAGGAGUGAUGGGUGGGGUCUGUAGCCUGUUUGGUCCACCUGCAGAAAUCGUAUCAGACAACGGCCCCCAAUUUUCCGGACGACCAUUCCAGGAAAUGUGCAAGAAAUGGUCAAUCACCCACGUAACCUUAUCACCACAUUAUCCUAGGUCCAAUGGACUGGCAGAGCGCAUGGUACGGACUGUCAAGUCAAUGCUUAAGAAGUGCAUCAUGACUGGUCAAGACGCACAGAUCGCAAUGCUCCACCUCCGAGCGACACCAGUUGACUCGCACAUGAAGUCUCCAGCUGAACUUCUAUUAGGAAGACCCAUCAGGACCAGUCUUCCUGGCCACCAUCUUGCAGACAAUGCAUCCGACACGGAGCAUCUCCUGCAGAGGCAAUCUAGAAGGAAGGAAACACAUGACAAACAUACUGGGACAGAGCUCCCACCACUUCACGUAGGACAACAGGUCCGUGCCCUACACCCGCAGGAACACACGUGGGUACCCGCGAAGAUUUCAAGGGUGUGUGCCGAACCACGGUCGUACGAGAUCGCCACCCCUAACGGCGCUAUUCGUCGUCGCAAUCGCUCCAACUUGAGGGAGAUUCCGGAACCAUAG